AAAUAAGUUUUUCCCAUUCCUGGUUGAUCUAGUUCACUUCUUCAUAAGAAUAAGCAAGAAUGGAUGGCCAGAAUUUAUCAACAAUUAUAAUUACAGGACCACCAGGAGUGGGCAAAACCACGUUGGUCCGCAAGAUCAUCGCGAGUCUGUUGAUAGCAAAACCAUCUCUUCAAGGAUUCUACACGGAAGAAAUCCGUGAUAGCGUAUUGCGCCAACGAAUAGGAUUCGAUGUGGUUUCAUUGUCAGGUGAACGAGGAACCCUGGCUCGCGAAGCCCCGAAGGACAACCUUAGACGCCCCAAAGUGGGAAAGUAUUCAGUGUUUGUCCAGGAAUUUGAGAAUAUAGCAUUGCCACUGCUGGAUGUUAAAGUAUCCCUUCAAGAACCACAUCUCUUAGUAAUUGAUGAAGUGGGAAAAAUGGAACUCUUAAGCAAGGGUUUUGAGAUUGGAAUGACUUCUGUUCUUAAAAACAAACAGCCAAUGUUGGUGACAAUACCCGAAAAAUCGAACUUGCCUUUAGUGGAACAGCUAAGAAAGACUCCCGGAUCGCGUAUCUACCAGGUGACCAAAUCCAACAGGAACACUUUGGCUGAUGAAAUCACCAAUUUAAUUACAAAUUCAUUACUUGUAAUAAAAUAAACUUGUUGGUCUUUUUAUUAGUGCCUAAAUGUA